AUGGCGUCUACUUCGCAACCAUAUAUCUAUGAAGAUUUGCAUCCAAAAAUUGAAACACAGAAUACUCCAGAAUCACACCUUUUCAUACUUCACAUUCCUGAUGGUUUUGCAAAAGGAGAUAUUGGCGCUAAAAUUGACUAUGAUUUAGGAAGGGUGAGAGUUUUUGGUAAAACAACAACUGGAUCAAAAAGAGUAAUGAGUUUCAAUGAAAAGUAUCAAGUUCCAUCACAUUGUGAUAUUGGCAAUAUUAGAGGCAAGUUUGAUGGAAAAACUGUCACUAUUAUAAUGCCAAGUAAAAAGAGCUUUGGUGAAUCAACAAGAACAAGAAUCAAAGACAUGGCUUUAUCUACAACUCAAGCUGUAACUAACUAUGCAAAGAGGUUCAAUGAAGAAGAUAAACAAAAGCUAAUAUAUACUGGUGCAACAAUUCUUGUCGUAGCACUCGGUGUUUACGCUUCUUAUAAGUAUUGUUCCUCGUGUAGACCAUAA